AUGCCAGAUAACCUCGCCACGCCGGCGGGAUUCCUCAUCGAUUUCAGGACUGGUGCCGCCCCGCUCGCCCAAGAGCAUCCGCACUCCCACUCGCACCCCCACUCACACGGUCAGCCGCAUACGCACGGGUCGCAAGCCAUGCUCAUCGCUGUGCUCACGCGCGCGCUCGACGACAAGCAGCGCGAGGUGGACGGGCUCAACCGCGAGGUCGAACAUCUCAAGCAGCACCUUAUCAAAGCCGGGCAUCAUGUCCACUCCGCCCCUCGUCAGGCUGUCCCCGCCCCGGCGCCCAUGACGAUGCCGGCGCCGACCCCGAUGCCAUUUCGUGUCGAAGAGGGGAGCUCGAAGGGCAAGGGGAAGGAGAAAGCGCAUUUCCCGAGCGACAUGGACCGCGAGCGCGACUUACAGCAGGCGCUCGAAGACUAUAAACUUAGCAUGAAUUCUCUCAUGGACACCAAAAGCCUGCAGGCCGACCUCGACGCCGAGAUCGCGAGGAUGCAGAGCAUGCUGCCGAGCAUGACGAUGCCAGACCUGCCAGCCAUCGGCUCUUCGACCCAUCAGCGCGCUCUCGACCAGCUCGAACGAGAUUACCAGCACGAGAUCGCUGAGUCAGAAAAACUACUUCAGUCAUCGUCGUCGGUGCUCAAGGGGGGUGCUCCCUGGCGCACCCAUGCCCACUCCAACUCCCACUUGCAUACCGGCGGCAUGCACAUGCACAGCCAUUUGCCGCCCGCCAGCGCUAGAAUCCGAGUGCCAGAGCUCGCACCGGGGCCGCGGGACGACGCAUUCCUCGCCCAGCUCACUCGGCAGAUGCUCGCGGCAAACCCCGGCCUCGACGAACAAACAAUUAUGGUGCUGCUUAAAGAUGCCGCCGCCGCUGAUGCGCGCAACGCCGGCGCGGAAGCGUCGGGUUCCGGGUCGGGCGAUGUGCAUCUUCGCGAUGCGAUGCAACUUGUUUCGCAGAGCGCGCCCCUUGCUCCGGGUGCAUUCCGAUUCGCGCCGGGUCCAGUUGCUGGCGCCCUCCAAGCCCCGGCCCCGGCAUUGGCGUCGGCAUCACCGUCUGUUUCCCGUCCGCCCGCGGCCGACAAGACGCAAAACUCAGAGGAGAUGCAGAACAUGGCCGACGGCGCCGAUGAGCUAGCCUCACUGAGCGCGAUGAUGUCGGACGUCGAAGAGGACGACUCGGACGAUGAUGAUGAUGAUGGACACAUGAGUACGAUGGCAGUGAGUAAUAGCCCGAGCCCGCCGCCGCCGAGCGAAGGCCAUGUCGCGUCGGCGUCGACCGCGCAAACGGGGGUGUGA